AUGGCGACCACAGACGAAGGCCGGAUCAUCACGGCUGAAGAGAUUACCGAGCAAGCGCCGCUACUGAGAAGAGAGGGUGACGAAGGCGUGAGAAACUCGCAUCCGCGUCUCUCUAGAGCACGCUCCACGAUUAUCAUACUGGGGCUGACCGGUGUCACUUUCCUAAGCUGCGUGUCUAACGGUCUUCUGGUCGUUGGAUUGCCCGCAAUCGCCUAUGAUCUAGAGCUCCCUGACCACCUUUUGUUCUGGUUUGACUCCCCCAGCGGAUGUGUUCUCCUACUCGCUGGGUCGUUAGCCGACCUCAUUGGUGAUCGGUCGAUCAAUAUCUUGGGUACAAUAACCACAGCCAUCGCGAUUCUUGGUACGGGCUUAUCUCGUACUGGAAUGGAGAUGAUUAUAUACCGCCUUGUUCAGGGCAUCGGCGUCUCAAUGUGCCUACCAACCGGUGUCAGCAUCAUUACGAGGUCGUUCCCUCCCGGACCCCAGCGCAACAUCGGAUUCGCUAGCCUGGGUUUAUCCCAACCACUUGGCUUUUCUGUCGGCAUGGUUGCCGAGGGGCUCUUCUCAGAGGCCCCUGGAGGUUGGAGACUAGGAUUCUAUGGCAGUGCCAGUGUCGCACUGGUCCUCACCAUAUCGAACCUACUUGUCCUGCCCUCUGACAACAAUAGAGCUGCCUUUAAAUGGGGCGACCUCUUAAGCAAGGUCGAUUGGGUCGGAAUACUGAUUGCUAGCUCUUGUAUGGGCAUUAUCUCCUACAUAUGCGCCAUUCUGACAGAUGACGUUGCCAAUAUCCAAAAUGCCACUCACAUAGUGCUGAUCGUAUUUGCGUUGGCCCUGAUACCAGCGUUUGGCUUCUGGAUGCACUGGCAAGGAAAGCGAGAUGCACCAGCAUUGAUACCCAACUCUAUGUGGAAGAACACCGUCUUUGUUUCCAUCAGCUUGAUUGUGUUCUUCACGUGGGCUGUCAUAUUAAGCUCUGAGCUCGUACUCAGUUUAUUCUUCCAAAAAGUUCAGCUGCUAUCUCCAUUUGAUACUUCUAUCCGUCUCCUGCCCAAUGUUAUUAUUGGUAUCAUACUCAACCUUAGUACCGGACUUUUUGUCCAUUUAGUCAGGGUCAACUACCUGGUUAUUGUGGUGUCUCUUGUCGCAGCAAUCGCCCCGCUGUUGAUGGCCAUCAUCGACCCAAGCUGGAACUACUGGAUCUGUGCAUUCUGGGGAGUGCUCUUGGGGCCAGUGGCUAUAGAUGUUGUAUUCACUAUUGCCCACUUGAUGAUCACAGACAUCUUCCCGAGCUCUACCCAAGCUCUUGCUGGCGCUGUAUUCAACACCAUCGCCCAGCUCGGCAGCUCUGUUGGCCUAUCUGCCAUCGCAGUCAUCUCAGCUGCGGUUGAAAAAUCCUCCCCUUUUCCAGACCAAUCACCUAAGGCCAUCAUGGCUGGAUACAGAGCAGCCUUCUGGGCUUGCUUUGGUACCAUGUUGAUUGUUGCUUUCAUUGGGUUUGUCGGACUCCGGAAUGUGAGGAAACUUGGUGUAGGAGAUGACCAUGUGCGAUCUUAG